ACAGGACAGUUCUUGAAUCCGAUUGGCUGCUGUGCUCAAGGAGUUUUUAAAUCUUAGAAGCAGACGGGGCUGUCAAAACAGCCGAGAGGAAUAGAGCGUGAGUUACUGUUAGGCUGAAGCCAUGAGGACGAGUGAGUUUGACUCCUCAUCUGAAGAAGAGGUUGAAGAAGAGCAGCUGACGCCCUUCCACAUCUCCUGGUUACCUCUGUCCAUAGUGGAAUGCUCACAAUAUCUUGGGAUAUGUGCACUACCGGGCUGCAAAUACAAAGAUAUCCGCAGGAGUCUGGAAAAAGAUGUUGAUGAGCUCCAGAACCAAGGGGUGCAGGACGUGUUUGUGUUCUGCACCAGAGGAGAGCUUAACAAGUACAGGGUUCCCUCCCUGCUGGAGGUCUACCUGCAGCGAGGCUUUACAGUUCACCACACGCCCUUCCCAGACGGAGACGUUCCUGAGCUGGAGCAGUGCUGCCACAUACUCAAGAAGCUGCAGGUCUGCCUCGAGAACAACAGGAGGACUGUGAUCCACUGUUACGGAGGUCUUGGACGCUCUGGAUUAGUCGCUGCUUGUCUGCUGCUUCAGCUCUCUCUAACAAUGACGCCAAACAAAGCCAUCGAAAUCCUCAGGGAGCACCGAGGAGGAGGAGCAAUACAGACCGUGAAGCAAUACAACUUCCUCCAUGAGUUUCGGGAAAGGUACAAGGCCUACCAAGACAGCGGAGAGGUUUGCACAGAGCGCUCUUUGUCGCGGUGAUUGCUACUCUUCAUAUCAAAGCUGUACAAAUAUUGAUCUCAGACUCUUGUCGAAUUUUUUCCUGAUUGUGUGUAAUAUAAUUGCAUUCUCUGAUGAUUGCACUUUAACAAAAUACCCUAAUAUAUAGCUUGUUUCAUCAUAAUCAAAGACUUGAUGAGGAAAUCCUGCUGCGAUGCGAAGUUUAAAAUGUGCACAUUUAAAAUAAUGGAGGUUUUUGUUAUACUUGAAGGAUAAAUUAAACUGGAAGGGGGCUUUGCAGAUGUUAGUUUUAUAGUUGUUGUAUACACGUCAUAUGAGCUACAUUUUUACUAAAUCUGUAGUACUGCAAGCCACAUUUUUACUAGCCAUGCUUCUGGCAUGACUAAUAAAUGUUUCUUUGCCCGCUGAUGUACUUUAUUUUCUUAAAAGGUAUUGAAUUAAAAUAACAUUCCAGUCCAUAAUAACAGGAUAGUUUUAUUUAGUUUGAAUUUAAACUGAGUUGUCAUUUCCUAGAUGUGACAUGAUGGGAUCUUAUACAUAAAUGUUAGUUAUCUGUGGCCAUCCCUUUCCCUGAUAAUGUACAUUUGAAAAUGGCAAUAAAUAAGUAUUUAUGAAAACUUGUCUAAUGGCCUCGAUUCUAAAAGAAAACAAAAACAUAACUUUCCAGAUUUACUUGAAAUGACUGAACACUGGAGGAGUGCUUGAUAUCUUGGAGACAAAAAGUAGAAUUAAAAACAUUAACACUUGAUUUCCUAAAGUUUUGAAAUAUUUGGUGGUGAAAUGAACAAAAUGCACAAAUCACAAAAACAGUUAAGGAAUUUCAAAAGAUACAUUCAACAGUAUGGCACAUCAGGAGUUUCCUACCAAAGCUCAAAUGCAGAAAGCAAAAUCAAGUACUGUUGCUCCCUAAUGCUGAAUUAUUGUACUGUUGAGUCUACCUUUACUAGAUAGCUGCGAGGGCGAUAAAUACAGGUCACAUACAUCUCUGGCUACUGUGUUCACACAUAAGGUAACAUUGCCAUUGAUUUCAACAGGGAUUACACGUGAAUGUGAUGAUAAGUUUUAAGUAUGAAUAGAAUACAUCAGUUUGAAAACUGAUGUGACGACCAGACAGAUUGUCCCUGUGCAACACGUUUCACUAAGUGAUAACUGAUGCACUUCAGCCCUCACUGUACAAGUCAAGACCCAGAAUGUCUAUUUUAAGACUGUGUCUGUGAGCAAUUACAGAAGUCUAGUUUGCAUUUAACUAGUCAUAACGAUGAAUCCCACUGCAGGUAUAAGUUAGCGGUUAAAGCCCAGAAUGUAAUUCACAGGAAAAGCUAAUACAGUUCAGCACACAGCUCAGAUUCUCAGAUAAUGCACACCUGAAAAAAAGUCUACCUAAUUUUGUAAACACUCAAAAGUUGGGAACAAAGAU